AUGCAACAAUCACCUCUCACAUCUGAUUUCCAUCCAUCAGAACGACCACGAGAGCGUAAAAGCUCUCGAAGGCGCAAUGGCAAGAAAAAAGCCGAGCCGAAACCUGUACAGCGUCGAGCAAGAAGCAACACGGAGAUAGUGAAAGACACCGCAAACCAGAUCCGACUCUACGCCUGGCACGAACUCGAAUCUUGGCAGCAAGACAAUGAAUUCCUUCAUUCUGGCUAUCGUAAGGCCACUUAUUCAUAUCGGCAAUCGUUGGCUUCUCUAUCUUACAUACACAACCAAACUGCCAACAUCUACUCCCAUAUCAUUGGAGCAACAUUAUUUAUUUGUUUCGGAUUUUUUGUCUACCUGGAAUUAGUUCCACGGUACCAAACUGCAGAUGUUGCUGACCUUUGUAUAUUCGCUGCCUUUGGUCUCGGCGCUAUGCUAUGUUUUGGACUGAGCGCUUUUUUCCAUACCGUCGGAAAUCACUCUGAGGGUGUUUACCAUAGUUGGCUGUUACUCGAUCUUUAUGGCAUCCUGGGGUUGAUAUGUGGAACUGUUUAUUCCGGUGUGUUUUAUGGAUUUUACUGCGAGGGAAAUGUCUGGAUUUGGUACUCUAUUGAGAUAACGUUAAUAACCGUCAUCGGCGGUCUCAUCUGCACAAUUCCUCGUUUUCGCGCACCUAAAUACAGAGUCAUCCGCGCGGUCGUCUUCGGGAUCAUCUUUUUCUCAGGAGCGGUACCGAUGACCCAUGCUGUGCAGACAUUCGGUCGUGAGCAGGCGUCAAAACAGAUGGGAUGGUGGUGGUUGAUAUUCGAAGCCUGUCUUUACAUUACAGGAGCUACGCUUUAUGCUUUUCGUUUUCCAGAGCGUAUAAAACCAGGAGGUUUCGAUAUUUGGGGGAAUUCCCACCAAUUAUUUCAUAUAUUUGCAGUUUUUGGGGCCCUCAUACACCUUGUGGAUUUGCGUUUCAAGCGUACUCUUCAGUAUGGACUUACGAAAAAGACUCGCCAGAACAGUUUGGAGAAACAAACUGAUCCUGCCAUGCUUACGGAUAGAACCGAUGCCGCCGAGAAAAAAAGGUUUAAAAAGCUCAAAGAGCUUGUCACUCAAUCUUUCUGUACGAAGUUCGGUUAUCGUCUAGAAGAUCCGAUCCGCUAUAUUAUUCUUCCUAUUAUCCACGCCGCCAACGUGGAAAGACCCAUUGCUCUCCGGACAACUGUAGUCUCCGGCAAUAUUGAGGAGAACAAACUCAUAGUCGUUGAAGAGCACUUCGUAUGA